ACUAUUAGUUCAUGGCUGACCCACUUAAGCACGCCAAAAGUGCGGGCUAUGAGUGUCCACUCUUCAAUGGCGCAAUCGAAUCAUAGUAGUUCAACGUGCAAAGCUUUACAACCGCGAUGAACUGCCGGUCACUUGGUUUGAAAUCUGCCAAGACCUGGGUCGCAGGAACAUCGGUGAUAUGUCGACUCGUGAUAAUCGUGAGCUAACUAAGUCGCACCGCGGCCGAGUCGUCGCCGCAUGGCAAAAGAAAGAUAUAAAAGGAGACGGACCUGCUGGUGUAGGCGAAACACGCCAUAUCGAUGGUCAACAGCUGGGUAGAGCAAGGACGUCCAACAUGAUGAAGUUGAUCAUCCUCGCCAGCGCUGUGUUCAGCGCCUUCUCUCUGCGCGCGGGGGCAACGACUACGGCUCACCAGGAACAAACUUUUGAGUCGGCCUGUUCAUCCUUGAACACAGCUGUCAUCUCCCCGGAUGUCAAAACACUGUUCUCGGAAAUACUUCCUGCCGGCACGGCAUUGGUAGUUCCCGGUCUUGAUGCGUCGUGUGCCAACUCAACUACCAUCACCACCGAUCUAUGCCGGCUGAGUCUGAACGUGACGACCUCCGCUAGUUCUGAUGUGCUGAUCGAGGUAUGGCUGCCCCGGAACUGGACUGGCCGGUUUCUGUCGACCGGCAAUGGAGGCAUUAAUGGAUGUCUGAGCUACGACGACAUGGCCUAUGCAACAUCCCUGGGAUUUUCCACCACCGGCUCAAAUAAUGGCCACAGUGGUCAGAAUGGCACUAGAUUUCUCAACAAUGUUGAAGUCGUGAGGGACUACUCCUACCGGGCGCUCACAACAUCAGCUGCCGUUGGAAAGGAGGUCACCGCCAGCUUCUAUCAGAAAUCUCACACAAAGUCGUAUUACCUGGGAUGCAGCACGGGCGGCCGCCAGGGCUUCAAGAUGGCUCAGGACUUCCCCGAGAUAUUCGACGGAAUCGUCGCCGGUGCUCCUGCGUUCAACUUUCAAGGUCUUAUGUCGUGGUCAGGCACAUUCCACUCGAUUAUCAAGAGAGCCGGCCCUGACGGGUUUCCUCCAGCCUCGACUUGGGCGGCCGUCGACGCCGAGCUCUUGGCCCAAUGCGAUCAUCUAGAUGGUGCGAUCGACGGUAUUCUUGAGGACCCAUCCAUGUGCAACUUCCGUCCUGAGGCCCUGAUCUGCCAGAAUGGGCAAGCCAAUUCUACCUGCAUCACGGGCAAACAGGCAGCUACGAUCCGCCAGUUUCUCUCUCCCGUUUAUGGCGUCAAUGGUAGCUUCGUCUAUCCUCGUCUCGAACCGGUCCCUGGGUUUUUGGCCUUCAUCAGCAGUAGCUAUAGUGCCAAGCAAUUCCUGUACACAGAUCACUGGUUCAAGUACGCCCUGUACAACGACCCAAAUCUGAACACGACGUUCCUGGGCCCAGAAAACUGGCAGUAUGCUUUCGAGAACGACCCGACCGGUGCUAGGACAUGGUCCGGGAACCUGACGCAGAUGGCUGCUCGAGGCACAAAGUUGCUACACUACCACGGUCUACAAGACACCUUGAUCUCGUCGGCGAGCUCGAACACAUACUACAACCUGGCUUCGAGGACGAUGAGCCUCUCAAGCAGCGAUCUGGACGACUUCUAUCGCUACUUCCGCAUUAGCGGUAUGGGACACUGCACCGGCGGUCUCGGUGCAAGUGCCAUCGGCAAUCGUGGACCGAACGCCGCAAGUCUUGAUCCUGCCGAAAACGUCCUCACGGCCAUGAUGCAAUGGGUGGAGGAAGGGGUGGCGCCGAAUGCCGUCAUCGGCAGUAGGUUCCAGAAUGGUACUAAGGCACUCGGUGUCGAGUAUACCAGGUCCCACUGCAAAUUCCCGUUGAGAAACGUGCUAAAGCCUGGCGGUAAUUAUACAAACCAAGGCGAUUGGCAGUGUGUACUGUGAAUGAUAGUCGGACAGUCAUGUAUUUCAGAACAAUUGAGGAUUUAAUUUUUCAUGUUCACAUCUCUGGCUUGGUGUAGCUCCAUAGUCCACUGCAAUGUUCCUUCCUUGAUUCUUUUAUGCUUAAGGCAAUAGAAGUAAUAGUGAGCAUACCUAAGACAACCUACCAAGAACAAAGCGAUUGACCAAAUUUUCAUCCAGUGGAGCUUCAUUGCGGACGAUCCAUAAAAGUUUGGCCACAUCAGGUGAAGGUUGUAGAACUCAUUGAAGUAUAAAUA